AUGAGCCCUCAAAAACGCGCGCGAUCUGACGAAAACUCGCCCCCCACGCCUGUCGCUACACCUCGGAGGUCACAGCGGAGAGAUACACCCACCCCCACGCCCAGGAACUCGCACGGCUUUCAGAUCAUUGAUGGUCUCACACCUGUCCCAAACCUGAAGCGGCGUCGCGUUUUUACUGCCGAGGAGCUUGUCAAUCACAAAGUUGAGCGGACUAGGGCUCAGAGGGAACAUGCUGAAAGGCAGAAGGAGCAGGAGGUAGAACAAGUGAGAAGGGAGGAGCAGCAGAAAGUUGCCGCUCUUGAUCGAGCGAUGAAGGGGAUCAAGGCAGCUGGCUUUUCAACAUUCUUUGACUUUCUUCAAGCAUCCCUGACCACAUCCGAUCCUAAUCGGUCAUCACAGGUCACACGUACACUUGCUGGAGCACACGGCACGACAAUUUUGAAUCUCAUACAAAAACGACAACCUGACAUCUGCGUGGAUUGGUCAAUCAGCAAUACCCGCACACUUAUAGCUGCUGAAUCGAAGAAGCUUGCUCACUAUUUCCAGCCUGAAAGGAGCAUGCCUGUUGCAGAAAUCCUCUCCCAGUUCUCACUUGAGCGGAUACUUUUAGAUGCCUCGGUAAUUGCACCAUCGACUUGUGACCUUCUGCGGCAUAUAGGAUAUCCUUCGAACUCAUCCAUGACUUCAUACAAAAAUCGUGAAUUGAUCUUCGCCACAACAUUAUGCAUGCUUGCCAAAUCGCAAAAUGAGCAUGCGACGGAGUACCAGACGACGAUGUGCAUGUAUUUUCUUGCAUGUGGCACGUCUCGUUCUCUCUUUGACGUUCUCAACCAUGCUGGGAUUACCCUUUCAUAUACUCAGGCUGUUUCAAAGCUCAGGAAACUCGGUGCAGAGCAACUUGUUAGCAUGCUUGCUCUGGUUCGCACACAGCCAUGCAUGAUAAUAUGGGAUAACCUCAACAUCGCUUUCAAAGUGGGUGAGCAGCGCCACGAUUCUAUGGAUCACUUCGAUAAUGGAACCACGGCAACCCUUGUUCCUCUUUUUGGGGUGGAGCCUGGGGGGCUUCCACUUGAUAUUAAACCACCACGCUCCUGCCGCAAACCUCUUUUAACCUUUGGACCAGAGGAUCUUCUUCCCACACGUGAAGAGGUGGAACGUGUUCAAGCUGGGCAGCUGUGGCACAUUGAAGAUAUUUUAUAUGACGCUUUUCCUCUGCUCCGCAAGCGACUCAACACGGAUAUUAGACCUGCACCCAACAUCCUUCAAAUCCCACUCCACAAAACUGAACAGUACCCUCUUCCUGCAAUGCAUAUUGAUGAAUCAAGCCUCAACGGAACACUUUCAGUCCUUGACACUAUUAUCCGUGGCUCGCUGAAGCUCACGGAGGACGAUAUAAAAUGGCAUGGUAUAUUUAUUUGUGCUGGUGACCAGCUAUCUAUUUCACUGUUGGACAAGGCGUCCUCGGGCCGUCGUGAUGAUACUGAUCUUAUGGAUAAUGUGGGGCGCUAUACCCAAUCUCAAGAUGGAAUUCUUCACAUGAAAAUGGCAGGCGAUCGUAUGGUUACUAAUGAGUACUGGGGCAAACCGAACAGUAAAUCUCCAUGGUCAUUGUGGAAAGUAAACACCCUUCUAGGAUGCAAGGCCAUGGUAGCUGGUUGGAAAGCGAAGUCAUUGCCCCCAUUCCGACCAUCAUGGGAACUAAUUCUUACUAUGGCACUACCCGCAAAUAUUCUUGACGGCUUUCGUAUCUAUUGCCCAAAGGACUCACUUGAGGAUUGGGUAAAUGACAUUCGUACAGUUGACGAAGUUCACCAUGUUGCCCAAAAGGUGCUUGUUGAACUUUGUUCUGCGCGGCGAGUUCAACAUCUGCGUCGUGCAACCCCCAUCAAACGUGACCUCCCUCUCGAAAACAUUUGUCUGUUCAAUCGGGAUGCCCUAUAUCUCCGUCAACUCAAGUAUGCGGUCAAACGAGGAGAUGUUGGUGCAGUUCUUGACAUCACUACUCACUGGAUGCUAAUGUUUCGGGGGACGGGUAAAAUGCCAAAGUACGCAGAUGCACUUUUUCACCUUAUUAUGGAUUUAAAGAUGAUGGAUCCUCGACUUCGAAAUGCAUGGCUAAUGAAUUGGUUGGCAAAUCUCACUGGAAAAGCAAAUGGGUUCAAAGAAAUGGAUCUCCUCCAAGAACAUCAAAACUUUUGGGCAAAGAUUAUUUACAAUGCAAAAGGAUCCAAUCGAAGCUGGGCUUGGCUGGCAAUGAUUUCUGUCUCGAUCUUCGCAUUACGCGACGUGAUUCGCAAGGUCCAGUCCGAGUAUCAAACACCUUUCAACAGCAUCUCCCAUACCAGUCCAUCCGCUGAAACCGAUAUCAAGACCCUACGCAAUUACCUUGAACAACAAAAAUUGCAAACAUACUUCCCUGGACGUGAAAAUAAUCAGCAUGCCACGGAAGCCCGCGACCUUAUGGCUGUUGGUGCUGAGUAUGCGAACAAGCCUGGCGCAUUCAAGAAUUUUACCUAUAUGAAGUACAAGAUGACUAACAAUGGGUUGUCGGAAGGGGCCCCGGCUGCAGAGGAUAUUGGAGAGGAUGAUGCAAUGCUGGUUGACGAAGAGGAAGUGGCUGACUUUGAUUUAGGCUCCAAUCCGGCACUGGAAGUGGACGACUUGGUACUUGAUGACGAUGAAUACCCACUUGGAACCGAUAUCAAUGACUAUAUUGCGCGGACAUGA